AAACGUCAGUGGGUAUACAGGCUCCGGAGCGUACAGUUCGCUGGCUGCAUGGUCUUAAUACCCUCCCAGUUUUAACUGUACUUCCAUCAGCCCUGACGCGCUAUCUUUUUCGCCAUGGCGGGAGUGUUACUUCUCAUUAUUUCGUUGCUCGGAAAAAUAUCGACGCAGCAAACAUUCGAUUCGAUGGAACGUCCAUUAUUUGAAGGUGCAACACACCCUUUCCGAUCAAGUUCGCGUCCGUUUCUAGCUAUCGAUCAGCAUAUUAUGGACUCGAAUGGCCUGCAAGCCAAGCCGAUUCUUGUGAAUCCACACAAAGUUUCACCAUCAUUGCUGCUGAUUCCGGCUCCGCCGCAAUCUCCUCCACAGCCUCCGCCACAAUCUCCUCCACAGCCUCCGCCACAAUCUCCUCCACAGCCUCCGCCUCGUUCUCCAUUGCAGAUUCUUCCCCUGCAGAUUUCUCCAUCGCAGAUACUGAGAGCUGUUUCCCCGAAUGUACCUUUAAUUCCACAGCUGCCUGAAAGCGAAGAAUUACCGCGUCUAUCUUCCCACCUUCAAUUUCCAAGGCAGCCAUUACUCCCGAACCCGCCAGUGAGGACGAUGUUAGCUCCAAGUUCAUUGGGUGUUUUAAACCAAGAUCGAAUUCACGUUGAGGGAUUUCAGCCAAUUGAACGAAGAUUUAUACCAACAAAAAGGAAACGCUCAUUGGUGAUCCUGGGUGAUUUGAGUGCCUCUGGUGAAACUGAGAAGGACGACGAAUUUUUGCCGGUGGAGCCUUCUGCCCGUAGGUUAUCCGCACUAGAUUUGUUUGACAACGCGGAAUCUGAAGUCAAUAACAAUGUGGUCAGCGAAGGCAGUGGUGCAGUUUUUCAGAAUAUUUCACGUUCUGGCUACAUCGCUUCCACAAAUCUCCGUCCUGAGUCAGGUUACCAAGCAUCUGCCACACGACUUUCAAACGGCGGCGUUAAAUCUCGAAAUAUGUCGAAAAAUGACAUGAAUUCGCGGAUGCAACAAAAAGAGGCAGAGGAGGAAAGCAACUUUAUUCUGGAUCAGGAAGAGGGUUCUGGUUUUGGGGAAGAUUUAGAUGCGUCGGCAAACAAAGAAAACGUCACAGAAACACCGUUAUUUGGAUCUUUCCUUGCAUCUGAAGAAGUUAACGAAGAAGACAAUGGGGGUGUUCCGGUUAAGGUUGGAUCCUUGAUAGACUCACCAACUUCAAAUCCUUCCACGGUACUCGUCACGAAUGUGAAAUUUUCCACAUUUGAUCAAUCACACACAGUUGAACCGAAGCUGCCGUCAACCCGAGCUGCGGAAGGACUGUUUGUCCCAACCGCUAGUUCUAAUUCCGUUCCUUUUGUUCGUGACAGCAAAUUGCUGCGCAUUUUCAAGGAAUACGCGGUUUUGAUUGUUGUGUGCCUAUUGGGCCUACCAGCCAUUGUAGUUCUCUGCUACUUCCUUAACUUGAAGCGGGUGAAACGAUAUAGUGGCACAAUGGAUGUAACACCAAGUCAGACAGUUUUUCAUCACAAAAAAUCAGAAAGCCGCAAAACCAUUUGUUCAGAAGAAAAUGAACUAGCCUGCUCACCGCCAACUUCGUCUUCGAAGACUCCUCAACCUCCUCCUUUCUCCCAAAUGGUAAAAAAUACGUCCAUUGAUACGAGUUGGUUUCUAUAGAUUUAUAUUCAUUUGGUUUAAUGUUGGGUUCUUAGUAUAUUUAUCUAAUACAUUGUCAGGAUUGUGUGCAUCCACCGCAAACAAAAGGGUUUUUUCAAGUUAAA